AUGUCUGUUAUUGCUGGCCAUCAUGUGCCGAGGUCAAAUGAUCAAAGGCAAUACGAUACACCGAGCGUACCAAUAAAUAUCGCUCCGGAUUCAGAAGGUCAUAUUCAUGAAAUGUCUCGAUUGAAAGAUUAUGAAGUGAUAGAGAAACUAGGUCAAGGAACAUUUGGAGUUGUUCAAAAAGCAAAAUCCAAAAAAGAUGGCCUGUUAGUUGCAAUUAAACAAUUGAUUAACCAUUCUGCAAAGGAAGGAUUCCCAAUCACUGCCAUGCGAGAAAUUACCAUUUUGAAACAAUUAAAUCAUAAAAAUAUUUUAACCAUACAGGAUAUGAUAUUUGAAGAACCCAAAAUGAGCAAUCGAACAGAUAUUAUUACUAUGAGGGGUUCUUUUUAUACUGUAACCCCAUACAUGUCGAGUGAUCUUGUUGGAUUACUAGAGAACCCGAAAAUUAAACUUGAACUUGGACAAAUAAAAUGUAUCAUGCAACAAUUAUUGAAAGGUAUUCAAUAUGUACACAACCAAAAGUUUUUGCAUCGAGACAUUAAAGCAGCUAACAUUUUAAUCGGUCAAGAUGGUGUUUUGAAAAUUGCAGAUUUCGGUUUAGCAAGAAUAUAUCAUGGUAACGUACCGAGAUUGGGGAUGGGUCCUGGUGGAGGAGAAAAAGCAUAUACUGGAUUGGUUGUAACUAGAUGGUAUCGACCACCAGAAAUAUUACUAGGAGAAAGAAAAUAUACUACUGCAGUUGAUCUUUGGGGGAUUGGAUGUGUAUUUGCCGAAUUAUUCACUGGGAAACCAAUUUUGGUAGGGAAAUCAGAUUCUCAUCAAGCACAAAUUGUAUUUGAGUUGGUUGGAUCACCUUUGACAUGGACUGAUGCUGCAAAACUACCCAAUAAAAAUGAGUAUAGUUGUGGCUUGGCUUGUAAACGAAGUCUUGAAGCAAAGUUUGCUAGUAUCAUGCCUACUGAAGCUAUUGACUUGUUAAGUGGAUUGUUAACAUUAGAUCCUUUCAAGAGACUUAAUGCCUUGGAUGCUUUGAAUCACAAGUUUUUCAGUACUGAUCCAUUACCAUUAUUACCAACCCAAAUGCCUAAAUUUGAAGAAAGUCACGAAAUUGAUAAAGAACGAUUUAAAAAAUUGAAAGAUAAAGAACAAGCUGUUAGUGAGUUGAAGCCUCCAACUGAAAUACGUUACGACAAUCAUUCGGAAUCGAGGUAUAAUGCAGACCAUUCUACUUUUGGUGGUGGUGUUGGAGGUAAAGAAACAAGUUUUAGUUCCGGGAAAUCAGACUAUAUCGACCAUUAUGAACCAAGAGCACGUAGGGACCAUUAUGAACCGAGAAUACGAAAUGAUAAUAAAGAUUCCAACGAUGUUAGAGGAGAGUUUGAACUGGCUACAAGACAAGAACAAAGACGGAGGGAUAUUCAAAAUAGGCUUGAUGCAGGUGGAAUGGAUACUUACAUUCCAAAAACUACCACAGCAAAACUUCGGGAACACAGUGGUACAGAGUCUUUGCUGAAAAAGUAUGAUAACUAUCAACCAAUAAACGUCUCCAGAGGAUCAAAAUCUCCAUCUCCGUCAAAACUCCUGUCUAUUUCACAAUCAAAGGCAGAUCUCAUUAGUAAACCAUCGGCUCCAAAGGUUGCAUCUAGAGAAAGUUCGCUCGAGAGGAAGCAAGUUUCAAAUGGUAUCCGUACUACUACCGAUGUGGAACCACCAAGAGCAAGGGCUCGUCGACCAACUGACAUGUUUGGAAGACCGUUGACUUCAAAUAGUACUCAGGCACAACCAACAAGAAACAAAUCGGUGGAGCGACCAAAAGAUCUUGAGAAACCUACAAAUGGUGUGACUGAGGAUAGGAAUAAGAAACCAGUUUUGGAAGAGAAGAAAGAAGUUGUCAAACCAAAUUUGGCAAUUCCAAAAAUCAAAAAGAGCAGUUCUCUAGUGCUGUUGCUGUCUAGAUCGUCCACAACACCAGUUAUUUCUAAUCCGUCGAAGGUCACAAAAAGAGCAGCAAGUAGUGUGACACCACCAGUGCUACCAAAGAAACCAAAAAUAUCCAAAACUAGUUCAGAAAGUGAAGUAAGUGAUUUGGAAGAAGACAGUGAUUUUACAGGUGAGAAUGCAACUGUAUUUGAAAGGUUUAUGGCACUUGAACAAUUACAAAAAUCGCCAGUUUAUAAAAGAAUUAUAAAUGAGAAAAUGAGGUUUGAAAAGUUAUCGGGAGGACACAAAUCUAUGUAA